UGAGUGUGAGUGUGAGUGUGAGUGUGAGUGUGAGUGUGAGUGUAAGUGUGAUUGAGUGUAAGAGUUUAUAUAUGUGGGCAUUGAAUUGCAUGUUCAUUUGACAAAUGAGCAAACCUAUCCCCCCCUGCCCCCUCCUCUUUCUGCUUGCAAUUCUGAUUUCAGAAACUGAUUUCAGUUAUAAUUAUAGAUUAUGAAAUUAUUGAGUGUGUGUGUGUGUGUAUGUGUGUGUGUGUGUGUAAGUGUGUAUCUAUGUCUGUGUGUGUGAAGUUUGUUUAAGAAUCUGAUUUCAGUUCUAAUUAUUAAGAGUGUAUGUGUGUGUUUAAGUGUGUUUAAGGAGGUGCAUAUUCACAAAUGAUGAGCAACAACGAACAAGUUGAGAGUCAAUCAAGUACCAUCACAAAUGUGCCAACUACUCCUACAAUAGUAGUUUCUCCUAAAGUAGCACCUUUGAUCACUCCUGGAGGAACAAAAGAAUGGCAUCCAAUAUGCCCCAAUGAGUUGAAACCAGCUAUAUGGAUGAAGUUUAAUAAUCUUGAAGAGGGCCUUGAAUUUUAUAAAGGCUAUGCAUUUGCUUCUGGUUUCAAUACAAGGAAGUCUACAACUAAAAGACAAAGAAGAAGCAAAGAAUUAAAAUAUCAGUAUAUCUUGUGCAAUAAGGAAGGAUACAAAGAAAAAAGAAAGACUACUGUAGAAAAAGAUUUAAAUAACAAGGAAGGGGAAAACAAUGAAGAAAAAUCUUCAAUCAAAAGGAAGAGACUCGUUACUCGUGUUGGGUGCAAGGCACAUAUUGUCCUAAAGCAUUGUGAUGAUAACACAUUCAUAGUGACAAAAUUUCAUGAGGGACAUACUCAUGCACUUUAUACACCUAGCUGCAAUCUAUUCCAAAAAGAAGGAAGGAAAAUGAACAUUUUACACAAAAAAAUAAUUGUGAAUAAUUCUAAGGUGAAUAUUGGUCCCGUUACAACUUUUUGAAUGAUGAAGGAAA